UUUAUUGCGAUGGACGAAUAACUAUAAAAUGAUGUUCGCCUGGCGUCUUAACUCGGGACUUGCGUUUCGCAAUUUUUUCGUCGCCGGCGGUGGUGGCAGGCAUCGGCAUCAGUCCAGAGAAGGUAGAAAGACGGGGAGUCUCCCUCUGCCUCCCGGUUUUCUACUUCUCCGUGAUCUAGAUUUCUUCAGCUGUUAGAAUAACCGGUGAAGUGGAACUCGAAUUAGUACUCAUUCGCUGGCAAGAAGUUUGUGAAAUCAUGUUUUCGGUAGCUAUUUGAUUAUGCUGUAGUCAGAGUUCAUUAAUCGAACUGAAAAAUUGAUGAAAAACUGAUCUGACACUUGGAAAGGGGAACAUUAUCAGCUGUGGUUCUUGUAGGAUUCUGGGCUUUUCUUUAAAGAUGAAUGUGGUAGGUAGAGUGGGGAGUAUAAUCUCUCAGGGUGUAUAUUCUGUGGCAACCCCUUUCCACCCUUUCGGUGGUGCAGUGGAUAUUAUUGUGGUUGAGCAAGAGGAUGGAACCUAUCGCAGUACACCAUGGUAUGUGCGGUUUGGGAAAUUUCAGGGUGUUCUCAAAGGUGCUGAGAAGGUUGUUACUAUUGCAGUAAAUGGAGAUGAGGCAAGUUUUCACAUGUAUCUUGACUCUUCAGGAGAGGCCUAUUUCCUGAAAGAAGUUGUGUCUGGAACUAAUGAUGAAGAAUCAAGCGAUCAAGCUUUAAAUGAGUCUAGUCAUCAGGAGAAUAAGCCGAUGCAUCCAAAAUCUAGCCACGGUGAGAAUUUUGAGGAUUAUAUGGGUGAUCUAAAUGAAAAUAGGGAGCAAGAAGAUAUACAGUUACGUGAAGAUGAGCAAGCCACCAUUGGGACUACUUCCAUAUCAAACAGGUUCAACAGCUACAAUUACGGUAAUUUAGAAGAAGUGGAGGAUGUAGUGGAAUCAUCCAAUGAUGCUAAUUCUGAGAUGGUUCUUAUCAGUGUGGAUGGACAUGUUCUAACCGCACCUAUUUCAGCCAGUGAUGAGAAUAUGGAAAAUCUUCCAUUGGAUAACCCACAAUUCCACCUAGGUCCUGGGGAAGGACCUGGAGAGGAAUUUGGUUCCGAAGGUGAUAUGUGGGAAAAUGGUUUGUAUGUCGAUAUGGAAUCACGAUGUAAGGAGAAUGAUGCUUCGGAGAAUCCUAUAGAGGUUCCUAAAGUUUGCAAAGGAGUUUCAUUUCAUGGUGAACACAUUCAAAGUAUUGUUAACCUUGAGUUGAGCAACAAUUCAGAAGAUAUUGCUGCCAAAAUUGAUAAAGAAGAAAUGUUCAAAAUCUGCCUUGAUCUGACUUUACACGUCCAGGACAGUGAGUUACAAGACAUUGGCACUGAUUCCCAGGAUUCAGAAACAAAAGAUAACUCAAAAAACUCAUCUGUUUCCUCUUCUUUCAACACCAUAAUGGUCAAAGAUGCGUCAACUAGGGACAAUGGAAUUGAUUUAUCAUCUUCUUCAAAUGUGGAGUUGAAUGAUCUAGAAAACAAUAUGAAUUAUGGUUCCAAGCAGAAUGAAGAUCAAAUAGUCUCAGAUGUAGCUCCAUGUAACGUGGAUAUGCCAUGUGACCAGACAUUGACAUCGGGAGAGGCAUCUGAAAAGAGCCUGGCUACUGAUGAUAUGACACAAGAAAGUUCAGUUCAAGCUCCAGUUAAUAACUUGAGAAUUGGUCUAGAAUGUGUGAGUGAAAGGCGCGUGAUAUCAGCCACUAAAGUUGACAUAAAUAAAACUGAUGAUCAAGGACUUCAGAGCAACAUAUCAGGCUUAGGUUUUGAGAUUUCACUUUGUGGAAACUUAAUACGGCCUGGAAUGGGCCGUGUUGCUGCAGAAGAAACCUUUGAUGCCCAUCGUAUCUCAGAGGAUGAGUUUAAGACUUCAGGACAAUCCAUAGUUAACAAUGGAAACCUCAUAGUCCGAUACAAAGAGAUGUACUUGCCUUGGGAUAAAGCUGCUAAUUUAGUUGUUGGCAAGGCUGUAUAUGGUUCAGGUUUCUCAUGCGACAUAAAGGAUCAAAUUCUUGUCGAUCUUAAGGAAAUGACAAGUACUAGAGAAGACUUACAAGGAGCUUCACUUUCUUCCAGUUCUAGUCGGAGAUGGAGAUUGUGGCCAAUACCAUUUAGGAGGAGCAGAACACUUCAACUCACCAAUGGUGAUUCUUCAAAUGAAGAUCUUUUUGUUGAUACAGAACCUAGCUGGCAGAAUCCGCAUGCGGAGCAAAGCCCCAUUUCUGAUAGUCAUCCGUCACCCCGCAAGCAACACCUCCGCACAUACAUCCCAACGACCGGGCAGAUUGCAUCUUUGAAUUUGAAGGAUGGACAAAACAUGGUAGCCUUUAGUUUCUCGACCAGAGUUCUAGGGAAACAGCAGGUUGAUGCGCAUAUUUACUUGUGGAAGUGGAAUGCACGGAUAGUUAUUUCUGAUGUUGAUGGUACCAUUACAAAGUCUGAUGUCCUCGGCCAGGUCAUGCCUUUGGUCGGAAAAGAUUGGACACAGUCUGGGGUUGCACGACUUUUUUCUGCCAUAAAGGAAAACGGCUACCAGCUCCUUUUCCUUAGUGCUCGAGCCAUUGUGCAGGCAUAUCUUACCAGAAGCUUUCUUCUGAAUCUAAAACAGCAGGAUGGGAAAGCACUACCUACUGGCCCUGUUGUGAUUUCACCUGAUGGCUUGUUCCCUUCUCUUUUCCGGGAAGUUAUACGUCGUGCACCCCAUGAGUUCAAGAUUGCAUGCUUGGAGGUAAAAUUUUUAUUGUAUAAUUUCCUUCAGUUAUUGUUUUAUUUUCCUUCUAUGAUACUUAAUUUGCUUUUGCUUUACCAUGCAAUUUAGUGCAAAAUAUAAGGA